UCUUCCUCCACAUCUGUAUGAAUCAAAUGUCUGAAAUAACGUUCAGGAAGUCAAUCAUUCUGCUGCUUUUAAGAGGCCAACUUUCAGAGCUGCAUGUCUUGCGAUGCACCUUUCAAUGGGACAACAACGCAUAAGAUCCUUCAGCGGCACUGGACCCGGGUUGUUGUGACAAGUCUGAGGAGCUUUCAUUACGCUUGAACUCCGGUAGGCUAUGUCUUGAACCUGCUCCACGACUGUCAACCUCUUAAUUUUUCUAAGUCAAUUGCAUGGCUAUAGUAUACCGCGUUAAGAAGACGCACACGGGCAUAAUAUUAAAUUGAUAGGCUACAACAUAAAACAUGUACAGUUCUUUAUUGAUAAGAACGUGAGUCAGACUUUAUCUAAACACGUGGAUGAAUUGCGCAAUGCAGCAUAGAUGCUCAACAUUUUUCAUUUUCGUGGACAAAAAAGUGGUUUAAUUUAAUUUAUUAGAAUACCUUAAACAUAGCUGUACAUUUCUGACUCAGUGGAGAGUCGAUCUUUAGAAUUAUGUUGUGUGUCAGAAACCUUUGAGCUAAAAGGCUGUAGGUUUAUAUGCGUAGGCUGCUUUUUCGUAUUUGUUGAACUGUGUGGUGGGAUCCAGCGCGCAUUUCAAAUGAGAAGAGAAGAUAACGAAGUUUGACACAGGCUUUCAACAGAGACUAUUAUGUUCAUUACAUGCAGCCAAUGCCAUUGAUUCCAUCCUACAAUACCGUGAUACAUUUCAAUAAGCAAAAACUUGCGUGGAAAACCAUUUUAUUUAAUUUUUUUAAACAAAGUUAGUCUAUAAAUUAUAAAUAUUUCAGCAAUGGUUGUUGAUUGUACUUUAAAAAAAAAUGUCUAUACCUAAUGCACAUAAAACAGCAAAUAGCCAUAUGGAAAAAGACACGAAGGACCUGUUGUUUAAUAAGCUAUGCAUACAGGGAGAACAAAUCAAUCAGAUGACUGGUUAUUUAGUUGGAAAGUAUAGGCCUGCUGAAUUUUGAUAAACGGCCUCAUAAUGUAUGAUUAUUAUUGAGAUAAACGAGCAAUAGGCUAACUGAUAGGCUAUGCAUUGGUGGUGCCAAAGGCAUUCUUAUCUGAUGUAUUGUAUAGCCUAUCAAAUUUAAUAAUCUAAGUUAUUUGACUCUGAGUGCUAUUUUGUUAAAUGAUAGGCCUAUAAUUAAUUGCAUAAAACGUUUUUCCAUUCAAAUAGGCAAGAAAUUAACUUCUACCUAAAUGAUUUGCUUGGAUUGUGCUAUUAAAGAAUUUCAAAAUACGAUCCAGUGGUUUGAUUAGUUGAAUAUAUUUUCUAAGCUUCUAUAUGAAAUAAAGUCACAUCAGUCAUAUCAUUGCACCAGAAAUUGGGCAAUGGUCAGGACUACCUCGCGUCAGUGUGUCUUGUGUUUGAUCGGUAGCCAUGGCGUUUUCUUUUGAGAUUGUCUUCCUGUCACCAACAUAUUGUCUCACUGCAAAGGUCAUAACCGAAUAGGCCUACAUUUAUAUUUAAAUAUGAAUUCGUACCAACAUUGCUAUUAUUUCGUUUGAUUGGCCAAGUUUUAACUUCCAUAACUAACUCAUUUAGUUACAUUGUGGUAUACUCCAAAUAAUUUCAAAGAAUAGGCUUAUAGGUGUUUCUGAGUUAAUCAUUUCACCUGUCGAAUAUGAAUAUUGUAGCAAGAUAACGUAGUAGACCUAUAAUGUAAGGACAUAGAACUUAUGUCUAUCACAUAUUCUGAAUGUCUGGCACGCGCCAUCAGCUGGUUGAAACGUGACUGAUACUGAUAUUCUCCGCCCCACUGGCAGUCUGGAGUGCUAGGCGAGCUGAAUGCCUGUUGUUCUGUGCGUAAUUGGUCCAGAACAGGUAAUCAGCGGCCUUACUAUGCGCACAGAGAACAGAGGUAACACUGUUUACUCAUUGAGCAUAUUAUAAUACUGCAGGAAAUACGAAACUUCCGUGGCCCCGCAGGCAGGCGUGUGGACAGCGACUGUCUGCGGUUAUUAAAUAUAGCCUUAUGUAUAUAUGAAGAGACACCGACCAAAUUGAUGGAUAAAAAUACAUUUGUGAAGGACGCAAGACAAUUCCAGACUGAUGCAGUAUUAUCAUGCAUCAGUCUUUUUACAACAUUUGUUCAUUUUGAGAAAUGCUAUGUAAGCCAGUGAGGGGCUAUUCAACAUGUGACUAUAUGGGCACAACCACGUCCAUACUUCGCCUACUAUUCUCUAAUUCGCAUUUUCAUUCGUGCUCAAUCGAUUACGGAAAUAGGUGGAUACUGUACCAUUAUCAAGCAUGUAGAUAACACGUCUCAUGAGUCAUGUUGAUUAGAGACACACGUAGCACACUCCGGUCCACAGCAACCCUGACUGACUGGCACCCAGGUGCUGUUGGUCCCCGCGUUUCCUCUCCCCCCUGUCUGUCCUGCAGCUAGGUAUAGGGAGGGAUUAAGUAACACAUAAAGCAGUGUAUCACUUAUCCUGAUUGCCAUGGGUUUUAAUUCCCCGUGGAGAGAUACAGGCUGAUCCGUGAGAGGGAGUGGUCUGGGGAGCUGUUUGUUCUGGAGACGGACCAAUCAUAUGCUCCAGGGGCGGCAAUGAACUGGGGAGGAGUUUCCUCUAGCCUCUGCACCUGUCCCCGCCCACAACACCUGGCAGACGUGAGAGGGCGUGUGCGCGUGCUCCAUCUUCAGCCAGAAAUCUCUUAUAGUUGACCACACAUUGUCAACCAAUAGUCUUCAAAUCUUUUCAGGGAUAAGACUGCAACACCGCAUCCCAGGAACAGAGGUGCAGAUUGCUAUUGGAUCUGGAUGGCCAGUGAUUUUGGAUAUUAGCAGAGACCGAACAAGGAGAGUGAAAAUGCCUCGGUCCUUCUUGGUGAAGAGUAAGAAGGCGCACAGCUACCACAAGCCUCGGUCCUUAGAAGAUGACUACAGUAGACUGGAUACUAUCUUAGCUCAUAUAUGUGCAGGAGGCGAUGCCAUCCGCGGGUUCUCCCCAGACUCUCACCUAGUGGACACGGCUGACUUCUCCUCCAAGUCCACACUCAGCUGUGGGGACAGUGUGUGCAGUCCAGCUUCAGUUUAUGAAGACUUCUGGCGGCCUCCAUCGCCUUCAGCAUCACCAGUAGAUUCAGAGAAAUCCCUGUCUCCCCCGGUGGACGAGACACAACCCUUCCCCGUUGUUCCCUUCCGGCCCUAUGCGUGGAACAGUUACUCUGGUUCGGACAUCCGUCACCUGGUCCAGCAGAGUCUCCAUCACCAGCACCACCACCCCAUGGACUUGAAGAGAAGCCCGGAGCUAGGGUACUACAGCGACCGGGCCAUUGAACCAACCCUCUUUAACAGAAAUCCGGUAGCAGAAAAUGACAGUGAUUACCGGUCCGGUGCCGGUCUGUUCGAGAGAGCUGCCGCCCCCGGGGUAGGGUUGUACUCUGAAGGGAACCUGUACGGGAAAAGCCCAGAAAUCAAGGCUGUGUCUGACUUACCCUGCUCACGGUUCAUUCUGAAUGGUACCUACAAGUGCAUCAAAUGCAGUAAGGCGUUUUCGACUCCCCAUGGGUUGGAGGUCCACGUUCGCAGAUCACACAGUGGCACGAGGCCCUACGCUUGUGAUAUCUGUGGCAAAACCUUCGGACAUGCUGUCAGCCUCGAGCAACAUAAAGCUGUGCACUCUCAGGAAAGAAGCUUUGAUUGCAAAAUAUGCGGUAAAAGCUUCAAAAGGUCAUCGACUCUCUCCACGCAUCUCCUCAUCCACUCUGAUACACGGCCUUACCCAUGCCAGCAUUGCGGGAAGAGGUUCCACCAGAAAUCAGACAUGAAGAAACAUACAUUCAUCCACACAGGUGAGAAGCCGCACAAAUGCCAAGUGUGUGGGAAAGCGUUCAGCCAGAGCUCCAACCUCAUAACGCACAGCCGGAAACACACGGGCUUCAAACCAUUCGGAUGCGACCUCUGCAGCAAGGGAUUCCAGAGAAAAGUCGACUUAAGAAGACACAAAGAGUCACAACAUGGACUAAAACCCUCAAACUAAAAUCAAAUAAAAGAAUGGACACCAAACACUAUAAAACAAAACACUUGUUUUGGAAACCAGAAAUAAGCUACUGUAGCUAUCCAUUCCUCAAACAUUUCAGACUGUGAUUUACUGGUGGAGAGUUAUAGAGACUUUUGUGCAGUGUAGGUUAAGACAAAACCGGUUUGAACUAGGGAGGGACACUAUCUGAACCCAAAAUAUUUGUACAAAAUAACCAGAUAGGUAAUAACCCCAAAGAAAGCGCGUUAACAAAAACAACAGACGACCAAUUUCCAACGGACAAUUGGGAAAGUAGACCUUGUCUAAAGAAUGACAGACACUUUGUUUAGUUGGACGCCAUGGAUGCUGGCACAACAGUAAUAACAAUAAGGCUAUGUGAUUUAAUAAACAAUGGUUGUGUAUUUAUUUGAAAAACAAUGUUAUUUUCAUUUAUUUCUUCUUAGAAUUCAAAUAGCACAUUUGUAUUUUAUAUUAAGAAUAUCAACUAUACGGUAUAUCCAGGUGUCAUUUACUACAAUGUCAAACAAUAUUUAUUAAUCAGAUUAUCGUUUAAAUAUAAUAUGAAAACUGCAAUCCAACAGAUUUCGAGAGGUUUUUGUUUCGUUUCUAUGUAGCCUACUGCAUUAUGUUCCAAGCUGCAACAUCCUGCAUAGGCCUAUCUGAAUUAUUUGAAGGACAACCAACGCAAAUAUAUAUAUUUUUUACAUUUUUAUUCUAACUCAGAUUAUCUGGAUUCGUUGUAGUAGGCUAGUCUAGACUAUUGGUACAACUGCCAUUGUUACAUUUUAGAGACAGCAUAAACCCCCUUGAAAUGUGUCUUGGAGGGGGACCUGUGAUAAUGUUAAUUUGAGGCAAUUAAUUUUCGUUUAAUUUAAUAGUUUAAUCCUUUAUUACUAUUAUUACUAUUAUUAUUAUUAUUAGGGAUAUAUUCAUUCUGUAACGCCGAAGCGUUACAGAUUCAGCGAUAGAAAUGUCAAGUUAAUUUAAAUCAUGCUGUAAAGCUGAACCUUCGGGAUGCGGAUGUUAUAGAGCCCUUAUACUAUAUUUCCACUGUGUGGAUAGUGAUUGUCCUCGUGGUUAACCUUCAGUGAUUUUUAAUAGAAAACAUGUCUCUCCUGUAUUCAUUGAGGGGUAUAAUAUUAACCGAAAAACUUGGCUGAGCACAAAUUGAUAUGAAGUUUCUUAAUUUAAAACAUACACGAAAAAACACCUACAGCGGCUUGGUGUAUUCUCCACGCCAUGGAAUAGGUCUGUAUAAAGUGCUUUCUUGCCGUUGGCUAUUUUACUGGAAAUCUGAGAGGUGACCACACAUUAAAUCGAGUAUCACAAGGAAGGUCUUCAAGUGCCUUCCAACUGGUAGGUUUAUGUUCCCCCAUUAUUCAUUAAUCAAUCCAGGUUGUGUUUUCUUCUCGUGUUUAUCUGAACCACUCAGAAGGGCAGAUUUCUAAAGCCAUAGAGUUGAUUGCUUAAUCAUCUAUCAAAUAAUUUCGUUUAGAAUGAAGAAUUAGAUGCUUAAAAUAUUCGGCUAACUUAUAUAGAAUUUUUAAAAUGACAUCCACGAGUAAAUUUAGCUUUUUGUCACGGUGAAAUAAAUAAAAUAUAAUUUUAUGUGGAAAAAUACAUAGGGAAUAGAAACUCAAUUCCACCAAUACCUAGGCUACAGGAUGCUGCUGCGUUUCAUCAGACUUAAACUCCUAUAAACUUUUGGUUUGUUUUUACCAAGGCAGUAAGGAGUUAUUUGUUUAGACCUCAAACGUUGCCUGAGCAUAUUACACGUUAACCAAAUGGUAUGUAACUUUGGCCACUCUGCAUAAAGCUCAAGUUGGAAACAGGACCAGACAGGAUUGAUUUCCGCAGGUGGAACUAAAGACCCAUCAAAAAGCGUCACAUAGCAUGGCUGGAGGGCAUCGACUGUACACCACCUCUGCCCGAAACACAGCUUGUAAGCGCAAGAGCAGGAAGGGGGUACACAGGUGUAUGUGUGGGCUACUGUUAUCCCUUCCAUUGAGAACAAUACUCAUUCAUUUAUUCAAACAUUUGUAAUUAGCAAUUUGCUAACAUAGAAAGAGGACAGCUAUAAAAUGAGAGAAUGAACAGCAACAAGAAACUAAACAACUAUACAAGUUACCCAGUUAUAUAAAAUAGAAAAAUAAUCAUGAACUUUAAAAAGAAACCGUCAAUGUAUAUUUACAUUCCUUUAUAGCUAAUGUUCCUAUAGGCCUGACAAACUGUAUAUAUACUCUACAUUUCAAAAGUUUGGGGUCACUUAGAAAUGUCCUUUUUAUUUUAUUACAUUUUUUGUCCAUUAAAAUAACAUCAAAUUUAUCAGAAAUACAGUGUAAACAUUGUUAAUGUUGUAAAUUACUAUUGCAGCUGGAAACUGUAGAUCUUUAAUGGAAUAUGUGCAUAGGCAUACAAUAGCCCAUUAUCAGCAACCAUCACUACUGUUUUCCAAUGGCUUGUUGUGUUAGCUAAUCCAAGUUUAUCAUUUGAAAAGGCUAAUUGAUCAUUAGAAAACCCUUUUGCAAUUAUGUUAGCACAGCUGAAAACUGUUGUUCUGAUUAAAGAUGCAAUAAAAAUGGCCUU